AUGGGGCUGCAUAUUCCGUCUCACGACGAUCCGAUCCUCGCGGCAUACGUCUUUUAUGCCACCGUCCUGUGUCUCAAAGUUCUUCUCAUGGGUCCUCUCACAGGCAAAGCAAGGUUCAGCAAGAAGGCGUUCGCGAAUCCCGAGGAUGUGAAAUUUGGAGGCAAAGUGAAGUUAGACGAUCCCGAUGUGGAGAGAGUGAGAAGGGCACAUCUGAACGAUCUGGAGAACAUUCCGAUCUUCGUAUUCGUGGCCGGCUUUUACGUGCUGACCCAGCCAUCGCUGUUCGUGGCCACCUGGGUAUUCCGGAUCUUCACCAUCAGUCGGGUCAUCCAUACCUUCGUCUACGUCAUCGUUCCCAUGCAACCAGCCCGAGACAUAUCUUUCUUCGUCGCGCUUUUCUCCACAGUCUUCAUGAUUUUCAAGGCGUUCGCGAACCCCGAGGAUGUGAAAUUUGGAGGCAAAGUGACGUUGAAUGAUCCCGAUGUGGAGAGAGUGAGAAGAAUCGCUCCAGCAAAUUUGAAGCUUCAUUUCCCCGAGGUUGUGAAGAACGCCGAUUCUCGCGUUUUGAAGGUGUGA